AUGACAAUCUUUUUUCAUGGUACAAGAUUGACAAGAUUAACAGCUGUAUUUUUACCACUUUCGCAGGUCAAAUGUCGUCUAAAUCAAUUGGAUAAAAUGAUCUCGCUAAUGAAAUUAGCUGAGCGAGAAAAUAGAUUGAAAAGUGAAGAACCGCUUUUAAUUACCAUUUGCGAUGUACAACUUCGGAGUGCAACUGAAGAACGAUCUUCGACAGACCUAACCGGAGCGUUCAUUCAUUCUCAUCUAUUUAUUGAAACACUUAUGGAAAUGCACAUUUAUCAAGAUGCUCUUCUCGGUCGGAAUGUAGAUGAUUUCAUUCAAAUGUGUACACUGCAAUAUCAUGGUAUUGAGAGCCAAUUGAAAUUAAUUAAUACAUUUCAACGUAGUUAUUCACCAGAUCAAGCUUUAAUGUGGUACACAAGAGAUUCAUUUGUCUAUCGAUUACUUAACAAAGCUCUGCGUCUUGAAAAUAUCGACAUCUUAUUACUCUUUCAGUUCUUUAUUCGAGACAUUCAUGAACAACUAGAACAACUAGCUCAUCUUCAUGAGAUGACGACGAUGAGUAAAACUACAACUUUCUAUCGUGCACAACUAAUGUCAAAAGAAGAAGUUGAUGUUUUACGAUAUUCUCUUGGCAAUAUCAUAUCGAUGAAGUCAUUUCUAUCAACAACACUUAGUAAAGCGUAUGCUUUGUUUUUACUCGGCGAUCCUGAAGUUACAAAUGACGACAAUGUAAAGCGAGUUUUAUUUGAAAUUAGCCUUGAGAUUGAUGAUAUUCCCUCUUUUAAUGACAUACCGUUUGCAAAUAUCAGUGAAAAAAGUGAUUUCCCUGAAGAAGAAGAAGUUCUUUUCUCAAUUGGUAGUAUUUUCCGUAUCACUGAUGUUCGAAAAGAAGGAAAAGUAUUCUGGAAGGUUCAUUUGGUACAUUUGCCAUCAUCUAAAAAUCCUCUAUUUAAACCAGAUGGAAAUCAUUUGAACAGAAUCUAUAAAUACUUGAAAGAACACGAACUCAUUGACGGCUCAGAUCAAAUGGGUUGUGUACUUCAUUUGGGUGGAAAAUUCAAUGAAACUGAAUGGUACUAUCGACAAAAAAUUGAUUAUUGGUCUCGAAUCGAUCCACGCAUCAUCGAACAACAAGAAGAAGAAGACGACAAAUUAUUAAAAAAACUUCGGCAAGUUUUUAAAUCAAAACCCAGAAAACGUGAUUAUGUAAAAGCAGUUCAAGAACGAUUGGAUUUUUAUUAUUUUCAACUUGCACUCGUUGCUAGAAAUAAAGGUGACUAUAACGCCUGUCUGAAUUGGUCUGAGUACUUGCGAAAAUACGAUCCUCAUUCUUUUUCUCAUCAGGUAUAUUUAUGUUAUUAUCAUCUUCUCACCGGUGAAGUCUGUGAACAUUUGGGACAGUUGGCAAAAGCUCGGGUCAAAUAUGAAAAAGCAUGGAGGCAAUUAAUGGCUUUACCUGAAGGAAAAGGGGAUGCUACCGUUAGCACAGAAAUUAUCAUUAACCUGGCAAAUAUUUCAUUAAAAUUGUUUCGAAAAGAAUGGAAACCGUUAGAAUUCUACGAAAAAGCUCUUAGCAUUUACCGGAAGAGUCUGCCUCUUAUUCAUCCGAAAAUAGGUAUGGUCCGAUUAAAAAUUGGCGAUUACUAUCGAUAUUUCUCUCAAUACAAUCUGGCUUUAGAAGAAUAUGAAGACUGUCUUCAAAUAUUCGCUAGAUCUCUUCCACCCGAUCAUGCCAAUAUUGGACUGACAUACUAUGGCAUGGGCUUUUGUUAUCAACUGAUCAAUCACCAAAAUCAUAUAGCACAAGCGAUUUCCUGUUUGCAAAAAGCAGAGACUAUCUUUAGGAAACAUUUUUCAUUAGAUCAUUGGCAUUUGAUCAGAACAGAGCAAGCUUUACGACAACUCAAGGACAAAUUUAAAUCGAGCUUGUAA